AUGUCUCUGGAACAGACGCUGGAAGACGAGCGACAAGAGCUGCUGCGCAACCUCGACGGGCUGAAGAGCUCCAAGGCCGACGGGCGCGGUAGGAAGAGCACUGGCAACAAGAGGGAAAAGACCAACCGGCGCGCCUCGGUGAGCAGCCCGCUGGCCAGCUCGUCGCCCUGGACCAACACGCUGUUCUCCGAAUGGGACGACGGUCUCUACGAGGCCAGCGAUGCAGAGCCCGAGCGGCGCGCAUCGGACAGUGUGGCGGUGACGCAGCGCAGGAAGAAGGACGAAGUCGACAUUGACGCGGGCUUUCUGUACGGCAUGCAGCCGAGUUUCCGGCACACACCGCCGCCGCGCUACUCUGCUAGGCCGCCCCAGUCCGUUCCCGACGUCGUCCAGCCUUCCCCGUCUCUCCCCGCCAGCAAACACCUACCGCCAACCACCAAAACCAGAAUGGAGAAGUCAGCAGAGCGCACAUCCGACCGCAACGGCCGUCUGCCCAAGGACAGGGUCGAGAGCGCCGACGAGAACUCGGACUACGUGGAAAGCAGCGACGAAGCGGACGACACUAGCUCUGAGGAAGACGUUCACGAUAUCCGGAAAGGCCCUGUCGCCCCGCGUGGCAGAAGCAAGGUCAAGGCAGAGCCCUCGCCGGGUGUGUCUCCCGCGCGCUCACCAGCGCCCCCUGGAGGUUGGAGCGGGAAAAGAGGCCCUGGUCCGCUGCCGCCGGGCAGUCCCAGGGUGGGCGGCGCACUGAGUCUGUUCAACGAGCUACAGGAAGAGCAGGAACUCAACGGUCCCCUCGUCACGCAUCGCGGGGCCAAUGGACGCAGGACGGUGCUGUCACCGGGACCCCGGAAGUCUGGCGUCCACCCAAACACCAGCUACGAUCACAAUGGAUCCAGUGUGAAUACCCCAGUCGGCUCAGACGAUGAAAAUGAUCUCUACGACAUCAAACAGGCGCAGAAUCUCAGCAUCCACAUGUCCUCCGUUGACGCAUCCAUCCCCGACCGGGCGAUCCGCACAAUCAUCCGCGGCGACUUCCCGCGUCUGCAACAAGAAGCUGAAGAAGGGCUCCGGCGGCAGCGGAAAUACCUGGUUGCGACAGAUCUCAGCGAAGAAUCCGUAUACGCACUGGAGUGGACCAUCGGCACGAUUCUCCGCGACGGAGAUACGCUCUUUGCAAUGUAUGCGGUCGCCGACGAGAACGCUUCUGGAGUCGACCUCUCGAGCGGCGUGCAAAUUGGCGACGGCGCAACAGUCAUCAGGCAUACGGCCGACGUAGUGGGCAAACAAACCGAGAAGACGGCGAUGAAAUACCAGGCGUCGUCGAGUUUGCUCCCAAACGCUCUGGCAGCGUAUUUUGGCACGGACAGCAAGGUCAAUUCGCGGAAUAACUCGGUCGAUGCGCGCGCCUUGUCACGCGCUGAACAAGAACGCUCGCGUGCUAUACAUGAUAUAUCGAACACCUGCGUGCGUCUGCUGAGGAAGACCAUGCUACAGGUCCGCGUGGCUGUUGAAGUUAUUCAUUGCAAGAGCCCCAAACACUUGCUCACCGAGGCUAUUGACGGACUCGAGCCUACCCUAGUUAUUCUCGGUUCCAGAGGCCGAAGUGCUAUAAAGGGCGUACUCCUCGGUUCGUUCUCCAAUUACCUCGUCACAAAAUCCUCAGUACCCGUGAUGGUGGCUCGCAAGAAGCUGAAAAAGCACGCCAAAAAGACACGCAUCCGAUUAUCCAACAAUCUUACCACCCCGAGAGGUCUGGCUGGAGCAAAAAUUGAUUAA